GAGUGUGAUCCGGGCACAGGCACAAGGGCAUGGGAGAGAACUCUUGCUGAAGUUUGGUUUGAUGUAUUAAUGGGAGAUAAGGGCAGGCACUGGACCGUGAGGGGCCUUGAAUGCAAAGAAAAUUGGAACCUGCAAUGGGAGAUGGGGAACCACUGAACAGCUUGAAUUAGGAAAGUGACUCAGUUCAACCAUGAACUUCAGAAAGUUCAUUCUGAUAGGAGAUAGAUUUGGAGAGGGUGAGGUCAGAGGCAGGGGAACAGAAAGGCCAGGGGAAUGAGUCUGGGUGAGGGAUGGAUGCCAAGGGCACCAGCAUGGAAGGGGCAGGUGCAAGAAGAGGGUGCUGAGGGAAGGGAGAAAGAGAGGGACUGGGUAGAAGACAGUGGUGUAAGGUCAGUCAAGGGAGAAGAGUUUCAAGAAGGGAUUAAUUAGCAGCAUCAGAUGGGGCAGAGCGCUCAGAUGAAAGAGGACUUCUAAGUACGCUUGGAUGUGGCAGCUAGGAAAUCACCAAGCUCUCAGCAAGAGCAGUGUCCUCAGGGCUGGGACACUAGGGCAAGGUGAGGAAGCACUCACUUCUGGCACAACAUUUAGGGGGAUGCUCAAAAACUCAGUAAUCAAGAUAAUUAAUACCUUAAUGCAGUAUUUUCAAAAAUUGACAUAAAUGCCAAAAAGCUAUGAUGAACAGAAUAUCAAAAUUUUGCAUAAAGACAGCAUCGGUAUUACUGAUUUUUCCUUUGCCUCAGAUCCACUGUGGCUCAGCACUGAGUGUCACAAUGUAAAGGAUGGUGGGUUGGGGGGGGCAUGUUGAGGAGCAGAGUGGAGUUGAAGAAAUUGGAGCACUGAGUGAAGACUGUUGCUUCACAAAGUCCCAACUUCAUGUGAAAGGAUGGUUGGUCUAAGGGACCUCAGGUUUAAGGGGUUUUGGGUUUUAUUUAUCCUUUAAGGUGGAAGAGACUUGAGCAUGUUUACGAGCUGAGGGAAGCAGUCUCUGGAGGUGGAGAGAGGUUGAGGGAAGAGCAGGGGCUCUGGAGGCAGUAGGGCACGUGGGGUGGUCGGCUCUGGGCAGCCCGAGGGGCAGGAGGUGCUGGCUGGGGCAGUGGACAGGUGGAAGGUGGCAGAAGCUCACCCUGAUAAAUGGCGCCAGUGGGCAGUGUUAGCAUGGAAGAAGGCAAUGAAAGUUGGAGCUGUCCUUGAAGGGGGUGGGGGGUGCGGUAGAGAAGGAGCUGACCACGGUUCUGUAAAUGAAACUGCCGAGCAGCAGAAGCCCAGCUGAGGGCCGGAACCACAGGGCGGUGGUGGUGUCAGUUUGAGGGUUGUGUGAUCUUUUCUCCCUCCCUUCAGAGCUGCUUACUACUCUAGGUGGUGGAGGAGGCUCACUAUCUGAGGCUGGGGUGCUAGGGGUUUCCUGGGACUCAGGACUUAGUGCUAAAACUGGAAAGUCCUGGGCAAACCAGGACCAGUUGGUCACCCGAGGUGUUGCAGGGCCGGUAGUCAGGAGGCAAAAAGGUGAGAGAAUUGAGGGAACUGGUCAGACAGAGGUGGUAGCGUGUGCUCCAGGUCUGGUCUGGAGAGAAAAGGAGUGAGGUCAUUACCAGGUAGCAUCUUGUGUAACUCCAUUUGUUUACUCAACAAAUACUGAGUGCUAACUAUGAGUCAGGCACUGGGUCUGUACAGAGGAUUUAACCACAAAGAAGAAAUAAAUGUCCUCAUGGAGUGUCCUCCUGUGGUGGCCAGGGUCAGUUGCUGCUCCGGACCCAUUUCACCUCUGCUAGAGGGCGGAAGGCUACACACAGCGUUUCCUUGCCUCUUUCACAGCUAGGAUGUGAAUUCAGUUCUGCCAGUGAGACGCAUUCAGGCAAGAUUUGCAAACAGGAGUGGUUGGAGGCCAAGACUUUGCUGCUUUUCUCUGUUGGCGACCAUGGUGGUGGUGAUGGGGGCGUUUGGAAGUGGAUGUGCACUCCUUCAUUGGAAAGGAUUCUGAGAGAAAUGAAGAAAGCCCCCAGAAAUGAAAUUGACAGCCUUAUGGCCUUUUGUUGACUGGCUUGAAGCUGUAUUGCUGUACAGCCUUGAAAUGACAACGUGCACGAUGUCUGCCGAGGUCAUCCAUCAGGUCGAAGAGGCACUUGACAAAGAUGAGAAGGAGAUGCUUCUUUUUUUGUGCCGGGAUGUUGCUACAGACGUGGUUCCGCCGAAUGUCAGGGAGCUUCUGGAUAUUUUAAGUGAGAGAGGGAAGCUGUCUGCCGAGGGCUUGGCCGAGCUGCUCUACAGAGUGAGGCGCUUUGACCUGCUCAAGCGGAUCUUGAAGAUGGACAGAACGGCCGUGGAGAGCCUCCUGCGUGGGCACCAGCACCUUAUUUCGGACUAUAGGGUGCUGAUGGCAGAAAUUGGUGAGGACUUGGAUAAAUCGGAUGUGUCUUCAUUAAUUUUCCUCAUGAAGGAUUACACAGGCCGAGGCAAGACAUCCAAAGACAAGAGUUUCUUGGAUCUUGUGGUUGAAUUGGAGAAACUAAAUCUGGUUGCUCCGGAUCAACUGGAUUUAUUAGAAAAAUGCCUAAAGAACAUUCACAGAAUAGACCUGAAGACAAAAAUCCAGAAGUACAAGCAGUCUGCUCAAAAAGGAGGGACAAGUUAUAAGAAUGCUCUCCCAGGGUCUCUCACAAACUUGACUCUCAAGGAUCCUUCAUAUAACCUCAGGCUCCAGAAUGGGAGAAGUAAAGAACAAAGACUUGUGGAACAACGUGGCAUUCAAAGGGAACCAGUGAAGAAAUCCAUUCAGGAAUCGGGAGCUUUUUUGCCUCAGCACAUACCUGAAGAGAGAUACAGAAUGCAGAGCAAGCCCCUAGGAGUCUGCCUGAUAAUCGACUGCAUUGGCAAUGAUGCAGAGGUUCUUCGAGACACCUUCACUUCCCUGGGCUACGACGUCCAGCAUUUCUUGUAUCUCAGCGUGGGUGAUAUAAUCCGGACUCUUCACCAAGUUGCCCGUAUGCCCCAACACCGAGACUACGACAGCUUUGUGUGUGUCCUUGUGAGCCGGGGAAGCUCCCACACUGUGUUCGGUGUGGAUCAGAUGCACUCAGGGCUCCCUUUGCAUCAUAUCAGGAGGAUGUUCAUGGGAGAUUUAUGCCCUUCUCUAGUGGGGAAGCCAAAGCUCUUUUUCAUUCAGAACUACGUGGUGUCAGAGCACCAGCCGGAGGCCAGCAGCCUCCUGGAGGUGGAUGGGCCGGCGGCGAGCAACGUGGAAUCUGCGGCACGGAAGCCUGGGCCCACCAUGGUUCACCCUGAAGCUGACUUCUUCUGGAGCCUGUGUACGGCGGACGUGUCCCUGCUGGAGCGAUCCUCCAACUCCCCAUCCGUGUACCUGCAGUGCCUCUCCCAGAAACUGAGGCAAGAAAGAAAACGCCCACUCGUGGAUCUCCACAUUGAACUCAAUGACAGUGUGUAUGAUUGGAAUAGCAGAGUUUCUGCUAAGGAGAAAUACUAUGUCUGGCUGCAACACACACUGAGAAAGAAGCUCAUCUUCUCUUACAAAUGAAAAAUCAGAAGUCUUUCUCAGUCCAGCAAUCUUGGGGUGGGGAGAGAGAGAGGAGAGAGAGAAAGUAAGGAGAGAGGGGGGAGAGAGAGAGAGAGGAAAGAGAGAAAA